AUGGGCAGAGGACGGGAUCGCAGUCGCGACAGGCGUCGUAGUCGCAGUAGAAGUAGAAGCAGAAGUCGCAGUCGUAGUCCUCGCUAUGGACUGGGUGGUGGAGGUGGCGGAGGAGGUGGAGGUUAUGGCGGCGGCGGGCGUCGGAGCAAUCCCGGUGCCAACUUGCGGAAGCCUAAAUGGGAUCUAAACCGUUUGAAACCUUUCAAAAAGGAUUUUUAUGUACCUCAUCCUGAUGUAGAAAACAGACCAGAUUCUGAAAUAGAAACAUGGAGAAGUGACAAUGAAAUUACUCUAAAAGGACGCAAUAUACCAAAACCUACUUUAACUUUUGAUGAAGCCGGUUUCCCUGAUUAUGUUAUGGAUGAAAUUGAUAAAAUGGGUUUUUCUAAACCAACUCCUAUCCAAGCUCAAGGUUGGCCAAUUGCAUUGAGUGGAAAUGAUAUGGUAGGAAUUGCAUCCACAGGCUCUGGUAAAACUUUGUCUUAUAUAUUACCUGCAAUUGUUCACAUUAACAACCAACCAAAAUCCAGCAGAGGAGAUGGCCCUAUAGCUCUGGUAUUAGCCCCUACAAGAGAACUGGCUCAACAAAUUCAAGAAGUUUGUGACAAAUUUGCAAACACAUCAAAAAUCCACAAUACAUGUUUAUUUGGCGGAGCUCCAAAAGGACCACAAGCUCGUGAUUUGGAUGCUGGAGUUGAAAUUGUCAUUGCCACACCUGGACGAUUGUUAGAUUUCUUAGAAAGUGGUAGGACUAAUUUAAAAAGGUGUACCUAUUUAGUAUUAGAUGAAGCAGACAGAAUGUUAGACAUGGGGUUUGAACCACAGAUAAAGAAAAUCAUUGAACAAAUCAGACCUGAUCGUCAAACUCUUAUGUGGUCUGCUACUUGGCCCAGAGAAGUCCAAAGCUUAGCUUCAGAAUUUCUAAAAGAUUACCUGCAAAUCAAUGUUGGCUCACUGCAAUUAGCGGCAAAUCACAACAUUUUACAAAUAAUAGAUGUUUGUAUGGAAUAUGAAAAGGAGACUAAGCUUAGCACUCUCUUGAAGGAAAUUAUGGCAGAAAAAGAAAAUAAAACUAUAAUUUUUAUUGAAACCAAAAGGAGAGUUGAUGAUAUUACAAGGAAAAUGAAAAGAGACGGUUGGCCAGCAGUCUGUAUUCAUGGAGACAAGUCACAAAAUGAACGUGAUUGGGUAUUACAAGAUUUUCGAAGUGGUAAAGCUCCCAUUCUAGUUGCUACAGAUGUUGCUGCUAGAGGUUUGGAUGUGGAUGACGUAAAAUUUGUUAUUAACUUUGAUUAUCCAAGCAAUUCGGAAGAUUAUGUUCACCGUAUUGGGAGAACAGGACGUACAAACAAGACUGGAACAGCAUACACAUUCUUCACACCAUCGAAUGCUGCAAAAGCAGCUGACCUGGUGUCUGUUCUUAAAGAAGCUAAACAAGUAGUAAAUCCCAAAUUACAAGAGCUUUCUGAAAGAGGUGGCGGGGGUGGCAGACGUCACCGUGGUCGCGGCGGGCGGUACCGUCGCGGGCGACGCUCCCGGUCCCGCUCGCGCUCGCCCCGUCGCCGCCGCACGCGCUCUCGUUCUCGCUCGCGCGAUCGCGACCGUGACCGUCGCCGCCGCCGCCACAGCUCCUCCCGCUCCUCCCGCAGCAGAUCGUCGCGAUCCUCCAGGAGCCGCUCGCGCUCGCGUUCCCGUUCCAGAAGUCGAUCUCGCUCAGGCAAGUGCAGCCCAAGGAAGGAAGCUGUGGAAGCCGCGCCGCGCGCGACGCCCCAAGCCCUGUUGCCCACGCCCAAACCACUGCUGCCCACCCCUAUCGGCCCUCAAUUGCCGUUGCCUAAUCCCCGUAACGAUAAGAUGAACGGUCACGUCUCACAUAAUCAAACUUCGACCAAUACCCGUGAUAGAGGAGGCAAUAACAAUAGUAAUAUCCAAAAUAAUGUAAUGCCAAACAGUCAUGACGUACCACAACAACCACAACCACUGUUACAACAACCUCAACCACACUUACAACAACCACAACCAUUGUUACAACAACCUCAACCACUCUUACAACAACCAAUGCUACAACAGCCCCCGCAGCCACUGUUACAACAGCCACAGCAACCAUUACUACAACAACCACAACAAUCACUGCUACAACUAUCACAACAACAACAACAACAGCAACCACAACAACAACAAAUGGCUCAAAAUAAUUCAAUUCCUCCAUUGAUGGCCCUCAAUCCUCAGGGUAUGUGUGUCCCGCCUCCGAUGAACGGCGCAGGUUUCGUAAUGCCAUCCUUUUUCCCGGCCGAGCAGUACGGUAUGAUGAUGCCAGGUUUCCCCUCGGGCGGUAUGAACCCUAUGAUGGGUCCGGGCGGGGGGUGGUCGGCGGCGCCUCCUCCACCGCCACCUCCUCCCCCUAAUUCCGAAUACUCGAGCGGUGCGAUUCAAGGGCAACGGGGCGCGGGGGAGAUCGGUCACGAGUCAGAUUCCAGGAAGCAUGACUCUGGCGGGGGCCGGGGUCUGGGCUCGAGCGGCGGCGGCCUCGGCUCCGGAGGAGGCCUGGGCAACGCCGGAGGCUUCGGCUCGGGCGGAGGCCUCGGCUCUAGCGGGGGCCUCGGCUCCGGCGGAGGUCGCGGCGACGACGGCCACGGCGGCUCCCGGCCGAGAGGCCGCGACCGCCGCCGCCGUGGCGGAAGAGGACGCGAUCGGAACGACGGUGACUCGGACGGCCCGGCCGGCGGCGGGCUCGGCUCUUACGGCCUCGGGGGCGACCUGCCCCAGCCCGGCUACGGAUAUACCCCUGGCGGUGUCGCCGUACCCCACGGGAGCCUUCUGCCGCGCAUGCUACCCCACAACGGCGGUGACGUCAUCGGACCGCAAGGAGCCAACUUCACUGCGUUUGGUUCAUACGGAGGGAAAAACAAUCAAAGGAGUGAUAAUGAAAAUUUUAACCAAAAUUAUAACAAUGCUGGAUUCGGCACUGAAAUGAAUUACUAUAAUAUGCAAAAUAUGGGUCCUGGCAGACCGAUGGAGGAACCGCCGACGAUGAAAGAACCGAGAGAAUGGAUACAAUGGCGAUUCCCGUAG